GACUUGACAUCGCCAUUUUGGCUCAGUUUCUUCCUGAAGUUUUUUUUUGUGUGUGGAAGAUUUCACGACUUUUCAUCGGAGUUUCGCUUUAAAACAACAACAAGAAAAACCCCGACAUGGGAGCUUGUUUAGCAAUUAGUUCCCUGGCCAGCUGUGCGUCCUGUUUGUGCGGCUCAGCCCCCUGCCUCCUGUCAGCAUGCUGCCCGUCAACGUACAACUCCACCAUGAGUCGGCUGGCCUUCUCCUUCCUGAUGCUGCUGGGGACUCUGGUGUCUGUCAUUAUGAUUCUCCCGGGCAUGGAGCAACAUCUGAAAAAUAUUCCGGGUUUCUGUGUUGGUGGCUCAGGCAUACCUGGCAUAACCCAUAACUUGGUGAACUGUGACGUCAUUGUCGGCUACAAGUCGGUGUACCGAAUGUGCUUCGCCAUGGCCUGCUUCUUCUUCUUCUUCUCCGUCAUCAUGAUCCGAGUGCGCAGCAGCAAGGACCCGCGAGCCUACCUCCAAAAUGGUUUCUGGUUCUUCAAGUUCCUGAUGCUGGUCGGAAUUACCGUGGGAGCUUUCUUCAUUCCUGAUGGCACCUUUAACACAGUGUGGUAUUACUUUGGCGUGGUGGGCUCCUUCAUCUUCAUCAUCAUCCAGCUCAUCCUGCUCGUGGACUUCGCCCAUUCCUGGAACCAGUCCUGGCUGGUGAGGGCAGAGGAAGGAAACACCAAGUGCUGGUUUGCAGCUCUGCUGUCCAUCACCAUCCUCAACUUCGCCUUGGCUUUCACCGCCAUCGUGCUCUUCUACGUGUUUUACACCAAACCCGACGACUGCACGGAGCACAAGGUCUUCAUCAGCCUCAACUUCAUUUUCUGCAUCAUCGUGUCCAUCGUGGCCAUUCUGCCCAAAGUUCAGGAGGCUCAGCCAAGCUCAGGCCUGCUCCAGGCCUCCCUCAUCUCCCUCUACACCAUGUACGUCACCUGGUCAGCGAUGUCCAACAACCCCAACCGGCAGUGUAACCCCAGUCUGUUGAGUCUGGUCCAGCCUCCCGAUGCAACUCCAGCACCAGGACCUGUUGGUCCUACCGCAGCCCCUACACACACCCAGUGGUGGGACGCACAGGGCGUUGUGGGAUUGCUCAUCUUCUUGUUUUGCACUCUUUACGCCAGUAUCCGCUCCUCCAACAACUCCCAGGUGAACAAGCUGAUGCAGACAGAGGAAGGUCAGGGUCUUACCCCCAUCGAAGAGGCCCCUGUAGGUGAGGACGGAGUCCGACGGGCCGUGGACAACGAAGGGGAUGGAGUCACCUACAGCUACUCCUUCUUCCACUUCAGCCUCUUCCUGGCCUCUCUUUACAUCAUGAUGACUCUCACCAACUGGUACAAGCCCGAUGUCGACUACCACACCAUGCAGAGCUCCAUGCCGGCCGUGUGGGUGAAGAUCAGCUCCAGCUGGCUCGGCUUGGCCCUGUAUCUCUGGACCCUGGUGGCUCCGCUGGUGCUCCCCGACAGAGACUUCAGCUAAACACGUGGCUGUUCUCGCCUCUUUGCUAUUUGCACCAAGAUAGCUUUAGCUUCGCUUUACAGCUCCACAUUUAAAGAAUCAGAGAAGGAAUUUUUCACCUGAAGCCACCGCGUGCGUUACUGAAACGUUGCCUUUUGUGGCUCGAGUUGAAAUAGUUUGAGUUGAGCUUUAAUCACACAUUCCAGUUUGUUUUCCACCUCAGGUUGUUUUCUUCCUUCACUGUUACAAUGAUUUGAAUUGAGAGCACUACAUGCCUUUUUUUUUAAUAGGAUGAGACCAAAUGAAACUUAAAUCAUCCCUGAGGACGUUGUUUCUCUACACUUAUGUAUGUCUCUUGUUGUUUUUUAUCAGUUUCUUUAAAACAGUUAGAUCCCAUGGAUGUUUGAGAUUUUCUAGUUAUUCAUUAUUGUACAGCUUUGUUCUCGAGCCCAGAGUGCCUUAUUAUAUAUUGCACACAGUUAUCCAAAGGGACCAUUUUUAAUAUCUUUAAUUGUAAAGUUGCUCACACAAUCUUCUGUAUGUCCACUUUUCAUUAAAACAGAAGCGCUGAA